AUGCUGCGAGCACGAUUUAGACAGCGGAAUGAUGGCUCUUGGGAACAGUAUAUCGAAGAUAUGAGUGAAGACUCUUUCAGUUUUACUGCUCAGACGGUGGAAAGUGAAGAAGAUCUUCGCUCACUUGCGAGUCAGGAACAAGAGUUGAUGAACAUCCGCACAGGGCCUGUAUUUUCAGUUGUCUUGUUUUCAGUCACCAACACCAACACUCAAUACAUAUUAUUCACCGCACAUCACUUGGUGAUUGAUCUAGUAUCAUGGAGAGUGAUAUGGCACGAUCUGGAGCAAUUACUGCUGGGAAAUGAAAUCAACCCUGCACCAAGUGUGUCAUUUCAGACAUGGUGCCACCUUCAAGAUGAGCAGAUCAAAUCCCUUCAUCCACGGGAUCUGCUACCAUUUGAUCUCAAAGCCCCAGACUUGGAAUACUGGGGUCUCACAAUAGAGGAUAAUAUCCAAGACAGCUUCAUGGUGGAUCAAGUGGCUUUCCCUCAUGCAUUAACUACAGAUCUGCUCGAACAGCGCAAUCAGGCCGUUCAGAUUGCUCCAGUAGAUAUCAUUUUGGGAUGUUUACUGCAUUCAUUCCAGAUUGCAUUCCACGACAGAUUGGUUCCAGGUGUGUUUUUUGAAGGUCAUGGGCGAGAGCCGCUACUGAGCAAUGAUGCUUCUGAGGCGAUUGAUCUUAGUGGAACAGUAGGUUGGUUUACCACUGUGCAUCCACUGCAAGUCUCAAUGGAUGCGACCACUCCACUAUUGGAUGUCAUUCACCGUGUUCAGCUGGUCAGGAAUAAUGUUCUUGGCAAAGGACAGCCAUAUUUCUCGUCCACCUAUGCAGCUUCGGGGGAGCAAAGAGGCUUUCAACCUCACACAGGUGUGGAAGUUCUGUUCAAUUACAUGGGCGCUUAUCAACAAUUGGAGGCUGAGGAAAGCUUGUUUGAACGAUACAAUUCUCAAGACGUACCCAAUCAGGUGUCCUUAACCACAAAACGAGUUGGUCUCAUCGAAACAAGUGCUUGGGUGCACCGAGGAGAGCUGAUUUUCAGAUUUGAACGCCACAAUCGACUCAAGAAGAUGCAAGACCAGUUUGACCUUUGGAUGGAUACUUUUUCAGAAAACCUCAGACACGCUACUCGCGAGCUGCAAAACAGCAGCAAAAUACUGUUUGGGCUUCAAUCACCGAGCUUCUUAAAUGUUGAACAAUUUUUUAUUGCCCAAGGACUCACGGUCGAUGACAUAGAGGCUGCGCAUCCAUGCAACGCUAUCCAGAGACACAUGCUUGAAGCUCAAGCUGUACAGGGUCCCGGCAUUUAUGUCAUCUCUCUGCAGUUCAAAGUCAACUUACUUCCGGAUGAAACCUCUUCUCAGCGAGCCUUACAUAGUGCGUGGGACAUCAUUGUUGAUCGCUAUCAAUCUUUGCGUACAAUAUUUCUACGGGAAUCGCCAUUCAUAGCAUCUCAAUUCAUUCUGAGGCCUGCGGCAUUCCGGAGACAUAAAUCCAGUCAGAAUUACCAAGUUCCCUCAGGUCAACUUCCGGUGACACAUGAACUUACUGUCGAGACUGCCGACUCCCAUCUUCUGGUCAGACUCGAGGUCAAUCAUGCAAUUAUAGACAGGAUUUCUAUGGACCACAUUUUGAAUGACUGGCAGGCCGUGUACUCCAAGAACAGACUUCCUACUCUGUAUACCCAGCUCAACGACGCUAUACCCGAAAUCUUACAGCUUGAACGGUCCGAGGUGCCAUCGCUGUUCUGGCGAAAAACUUUAGAGUUGGUAAAAAGCCCCUUCACAGUGCCGAUUAAUUCCAAGGUUCGGCAACACUCCCAAAACGCAUGCAGUAUGACCAGGAACUUCCCUCGGUUGCGAGACAUGAAGUCGGCAGCACAAAUUCAUAACGCUACACCAACGUCUUUGCUCUAUGCUGCUCUUGCAACCACGAUGUCCUCUCAGCUUCAGCGAGACCAUGCUGGGUUUGCCGCGGUAUCGAUGGGUCGCAGCCAGCUCUCCCCUAGUUCUCAAGAUUGCGUUGGUCCUUUCCUUACUCUCAUCCCUUGCAUUGUGGCCAACAUCUCGAUGUCAAGCUCAGUUCAAAUACUUCGGGCAACUCAUCAGCAUAUGCUCAGGGCAUCAGACCAUGAGCGAGUCGAUAUUCAAGCGCUCGGGAGAGAAUUGGGGGAGACUACUCCUUUCAACAUUUUGGUCAACUAUCGCAAAUUCUCGAAGCCUGAACCUAAAUCAUCAGCCUAUUCCUGUCAUUUCCAAACAUUAGCUUCUCGAGAUUUGUGGGACUUUGAUAUUGUGUUGGGUGUGGAGGAAAUCCACGACGAGCUGGCGAUUUGUCUACAGUGGUAUGAAGGACGUCUCCAGCGUGAUGAAGCGGGAAGAUGGAUGGCUGCCUUGCAUGCUACAUUACAUGGGUAUGUGGAGGAUCUUUGCUUGGCGGAUAGGAUUUGA